AUGAGUUGUGCUAAAUGUGAACGACCAUUUCGUUAUGGUACUGAAGAUACAGUAACAAUUAAUAAGAAAACUUAUCAUAUUGAUUGUUUAUCAUGUGAUAAAUGUUCAAAACCUUAUGAUGGAUCAUUUUCACCAGAUGAACUUGAACGAGAAGCACUUUGUCGAGAAUGUAUUCAUAUGCAAAAAACAAAAUCAGCAACUAAUUCUCAAUCGAAUAGUACCGAAUCAAAAAAUAAUGUAUUACGUUGUGGUGGUUGUGGUCUACCAUUUAAUCCAACAUCUCGACAUAUAACAAAAAAAUAUAAUAAUAAAGAAUAUCAUCAUAAUUGUUUAAAAUGUAAUGAAUGUCAAUCAUUAAUUGAAGGUGAAAUAUAUGAAGAUGAACAAGAAAAUAAAAUUUAUUGUACAUCAUGUUUUAAACGUCAUGAUAAACAAAGUUUUCAAAAACAAAAUCAAGAAAAAAAACUUAAUCAACAAAAAACAGUUCAUUUUGCUGAAAAACUUGCUGAAACAUUAAAUCGUGAUGAAUUAGAAGCAUAUUAUAAAAAUGAUAAAGGACAUAUUAAUGAUUCAUUUCUUAUUGGAAAUCAAAAUAAAACUGGAGAAAUUAAAUUUUGUGCUGCAUGUAUGUUACCAUUUCAUGCUGGUUCUCGAAUAACUCAAGCUAAUGAUAAAGAAUAUCAUUAUGAAUGUUUUUGUUGUGAAAAAUGUGCUCAACCAAUAAAUGGAACAUUUACAAUGAAUUCUCAAGGAACAAAAUUUACAUGUAGAAAUUGUAUUCAAAAAGUUUAUUCAUCAUCACCAAUAAUUAUAUGUACGGAAUGUGGACAACCAAUUGAACCAAAUGUUCAUAGUCGUAUUAAUUUUAAUAAUCGUUCAUUUCAUUCUGAAUGUUUUACAUGUGUUCUAUGUCAUAGACGUUUAAAUCCAUCACAAACAUUUACAUUACAUAAUGAUAAACCAUGGUGUCGUCAAUGUGAAAUUGAUACUAAAAAUUGUUAUUCAUGUGGAAAACCUAUUUUAUCAUCGGGUAUAACAUAUGAAACACGAGAUUAUCAUGUUGAAUGUUUUAAAUGUUCACAUUGUCAUAAAUUAUUAGACAAUGAAAAAUUACUUUGUGCUAAUAAUUUACAACCAUAUUGUGUUAAUUGUAAUGAAUUAUUAUUUGCUAAACGAUGUAAUAAAUGUGGAAAAUCUAUUCCAUUUGAUACAAAAUAUACUAUAUUUGAUGAUAAACCAUAUCAUGAACAAUGUUUUCUAUGUGUUAAAUGUCAUCGAUCAAUUGGUUCGAAAAAAUUUUUUAAAGAUCAACGUGGAUUUAUAUGUUCAAAUUGUUCGAAAUCUUAA